GGUAAAUUCCCUGUUCUGCUUUUCUUCUUCCACAGUGAUUUUUGGGAAACUUUUUAUUACUACUGCGUUGGAAAAGUAAAAAAAGCAGAAGCAGAGAAUACUGUUGUAGAUUAGUAUUUCUGUGAUUUGAUUUCUCCCCUGCUUUUCUUUUUUUCCCUUUCAGUUUGUAGUGUUCUGUCUUCUUUGGGGUUUUUUUAAUUGAAAAUGGUUCGUUGUCAGCGUGUUUCCACGUCAUGGAGCAUUUGCGUGGUUUACGAAGUGUAUAAUGGAAGAACGGUGCCGUUUAGUCAGUUUUCUCGGGAAUGAUUAUUGUUUCAUUAUUUUUUGCUUGCUCUGGCUCCUUUUUCUCGUGAUAAUUGAGAAAUUUACCCCUCUUUCUUUGGCUUUUAUGAUUUCUUUUUCUUUUUUUUUCCCCCCAUUAUUGGUGGAACUAAUUUGGAAAAGAUUCUGUUUGCCUUAAAGGCUAAAGCCCACUGUUUCGAAUGUGAAUUUAGUUUGGACACGAGGUUAGUAAUGGAAGUUGGACCUUGUUGAAAUGAUAAACUUUUUUCUAGAGUAUUAUAAUCUGGUCUUUGUUUAUUUAAACUUAUUUCUUUAUGUGGUCAUCGUCAACUAUGCUCCCUGAAAGAAAUUUUUUAUUAAUGGAGAUGACAUUGCGCAUGUAGGGGUGAAAAAGACGUAUACUUUUCUAUUUAAGUACAGUAUUGUAUUCAGAUAGAUAGAUAGCCAUGGAAAGGCAAAAAAAGGUGGAAACAGAUGGACUUAUUGUAUAGAAGCUAUCCAGGAAGGUGAAAUUGUUGGCCUUCGGGAUAAUUUUCUUUUAUGGGGUUGAUUUUUGGUGGGGUUGCAUGAGGAAUAGUGACUUUUCACAUCUGGGUUUUUUCAGUUUUUGUGUGGUAGCUGUUGAGCAGAGGUGGAAAGUAGGGAUCGUUUUUAACCUUGCCCUUUUUUUGGGGGGAUGAGUACUUAAGGAAUUGAGGUGAUUUUUGUUGGGUCUGAUUAGUUUGUUACUAUUUUGAUUAUGUGUUUCUUGGGGGAGCAGAGCAUGAAUCUGAUGCUAAGCAGUUAGUUGGUGGCUUUCCUGGGUCGAAAUAGGUGGGUAAUUCUAAGGCUUCAAAGAAGCUGUGGCUCUUGAUAUUUUUUUAUGGAUUCAGCUGCCUUGUUAGUUGGGUUGGUGGGUUUUUUUUUUUUUAAUUUUAAGCUGAUUUGAUCUACUUAAUCUCAGCUCUGUAAUUGGAGCUGGUAGUUGUUUCAUCAAAGUCAAUUAAUCCCGGGCGUCUUCCCAGUGUGUGCUAUAAUCAAUCUUCUUUGGUGUGUUUUGUUUUGUAGCUGUUUUAUGGGUUGAGUCUAAGGUGAGGUUUGAAUUACUCUGCUGUUGUUUGAUUGUUGCUUGUUAUAAAUUCUCUGUAAAAUUUUUCUAAUCUGUAAUGAUAUUCUCUAUGUGAGUGUACCUGGAUUUUGUUUUGCUACCCAUAUACUGAUGAUCUGACUAUUAUUCUCAGUUUGCCUGCUGGACGGUCAAUGCUGAGAAUUUUGAGUGAAAUAAAUAUAUGAAGUUCUUUACCGAGAUGGAGUGGAAUGCUGCUAAGUGGGACUGGGAUAACAUAGUUUCAUUUAAUUCAAAAGCAAGUGACAGCCUGAAAAUGUUGCAACUAACGGACUGGGGGAUUGUAGAUGGCCAUGGUGGGGAAAUGGAUGCCGCCAGGUCCUUUGAUCUGUCUGGAAUUGGAGGAGGCAGCAGUAGUGGUGGUUCUGGCUCCGAUUUGGGGAAUGGUUCUUCUGUCAAAAGCUCAAAGUCAGCUGCUUCUACUGAUUCCUCGCCUAAGGACGAAGGAAGGAUAAACACAUCCAGAAUCUCAUCACCUAUGGAGCCUUUAUCCGGGAUAUCUGUUGAACCAGUGAUUGGAUUGAGACUUGGGAAAAGAACCUAUUUUGAGAACUUUUCUGGAAGCAGUACUAUUAAGGGCAGUGCAGUUACUGUUGCUUCAGUUGGUGCUGUGGCAAGGAAAUCAAAGUCUACCUCCAGCCAGAAUGGGAAUGGAACUAUCCCUCGCUGCCAAGUUGAGGGCUGCAACCUUGAUCUCUCUUCGGCUAAAGACUACCAUCGUAAGCAUAGAGUCUGUGAUAGCCAUUCCAAGUGCCCAAGGGUGGUGGUGAAAGGCAUAGAACGACGAUUUUGCCAACAAUGUAGCAGGUUUCACAGCUUAGCAGAAUUUGAUGAAAAAAAGCGAAGCUGUCGUAGAAGGCUUGCUGAUCAUAAUUCUAGACGCCGCAAGCCUCGACAGGAGACUAUCCAGUUUAAUUCAGCAAAGAUUUCAUCAUCAUUUUAUGAUGGCCGGCAAAACAUGAAUUUUUCACUGAGCAAUGUAGGAAGUGCUGGUAAUUCAACCUGGGAAAGUAUAUGCGGAUCAAAGUUCACUAUAACCAAAUGCUCUCCGCUGAAGUCUGAUAAAAUUGCACAGCCACCUUUGCCAGGUGUUGAAUUGCCCUAUGCCAUCAGUUUUCAUGGUAAUUCACCCAAUGAACUCUUGAUCUCUAAGGGUGGUGACACAACUAAUGUUUUGAAACCAGGGUUCAAGGAAUCAAUUUUCUCAUCCAAUCUAGAUGGCGCACCAGAAUUUCCUCGUGCUCUCUCUCUUCUGUCAACAAAUUCAUGGGGUUCAUCAGAGCCAGAAUGCAUUUCAUUUGAUCAACCCUUGCACCAUGCAAAUCCAGCUGCCGGUAGCAUGCCUUCUCUUUCGGUGAUCUCUCAAGGCCUACCAUUUACUUCUUCUUCGGAAUACUGGCAGGUGGAACAGCAAUCCAGCAGUUCACAUUUGAAUGCCUUCAAUACCUUCACAACUACAACCGGCACUAGCAGCAUCAACACAGGUGGCCAGUUCCCUGGUGUUCAACUUUUUAAACAGCAAUAUCAUCACCAUGGCAUUUAUUAGAAGGAGAAUGCUUGUGAGCUGCGAUCUGAAUUCAAAACUAAUGUUUCCAUUAUUUCCUUUUUUUCCAAUGUGGUCGGGGUUGUGAAAACUUGCAAAUUGGUCGUAGCAAAAUAGUAAUUAAGUAGUUUCUGAAGGCACAUAUUAAGGGCAUAACUAUUUAGGUGGUACAAAUUCUUGAAUGAUUUCCACUUUAGUACUCGAUUCAAAUCUGGAUCUUGGUAUCUUGCCUGAGGGAUGUUUGAAUCCUCUUCAGUUAUUAUGUCUUUGAAGUAUUGUACAUUCUGAGUAAUUAUUCAUAUGCUAUGGAAAAAUCCAAUUUUCGUGGAGAAGUCUUUUUUUUUCCCCCUCCCCUUUGUGUGUGAUUUGAUAACCAGGUCUUAUUAUACACACCGGUGUUUAUGUUAGAUGAUAUACUUGGAAAUUAGAUGAUAUACUUGGAAAGAAUUGUGGAACAGGAAUAUGCCUGUUUAUUUUGUAAACCAUAUAUACCGGAAAGAAUUGUGUACAACGUAACAUGUAGUAUUAUCGAAAUGAAUUGAAAGUACAAUUUAAGCUCAAAUCCCAAAUCCCUCAGUCCCACGUUAAGGACAACAGGCAAUUGGCGAGGCCGGAUUCGUCGACAGUUGAAUCGGAAGUGUAGUCCAAAGACUUACGCAUAAAUGCAAAGUGGAAUGGCCGAUUCUUGUCUGCAUCAUCAAGCUCGGACCAGCAAAAGGACCAUAACAAUUGCACCGGAUCUGAUCGGAGAAACCUCCUUUGAAUCCUUCGUCCAUCUGGAAGCCUGAACCCAAUUCGACAAACCAGUUUCGCGUCAUCAAUGUUUGGUUCUUCUGGAAGAGCAGGAAAGCCCAACUCCGUAACCUCAUCAUCAUCAUCAGCGGCAUCCUCGUCUGUUUCCUCCUCUGUUCCAUGAUCUUCAACAACAACAGGAUUGUUAGACUCGGGAAGUUUGUUUCUUUUACGAGAGAGAUUGAUGAGGUAUUCUAAUGGGCUACUUUCCGUAUAUUCUAACAAUUUCUCCAGCAAGUGUUCCGGCGGAACCAUUCCGGUCAAAUUGCGAAUAAGUGCCCCUGUCAUGGGCUCAAUCACCAUAAUAGCGGGAAGCGAUUCUUGCUGCUGUUUGUAAAAUCUGCAAACUUUAAAACCUUCUGAGGCAUCAUAAUAAGGAUAAACAACUUCCCGCCAGAAUAUGAAGCUGGAUUUAACGAAUUCGACCACGGUUUUAUGGUUCCAAGUAUCCCUAUCAAGCUCUAAAGAAGCCAAAUUCUCAUUGUGUUGCAAGUUCACCAAGAGCCAUUUGUUCUGUGAUCGUGCGGCUCGAAUUGCAUCAUCAAAAAGGCCCGAAAACAUCAAAUCAGCUGGAGGAGGAAACAAGGAGCUGUCGUUUUGCGUAGCAGAAGAACCAGCGUCUAAUUGGGCAGCAUAAUCACCGUAUCCGGCUAAGGAAACAGAGUCUUCUGGAUAAUAAUUAUAGUUGGGACCAUUGAGAGAAGAAUUUAAAUCGGGUUCAAUUUCGCCAGCGUCAACAACCUUGUCGAAGGCUUCGUCCGUGAAAAACCGAUAAAGAGCGUUGUCAACAUUCCAUGCUGAAGCCUCAAGAAACCAGCGGGCAGUUUCAGAGGUUUGGCCCUCUGCAACGCCCAGAAACGCUGAGAUCAUACCCUUCUGCUGCUCUUCUUCUUCGCUGUUGGCCAUUAUUCAAACAACAAUAACUAACAAAACCCAAGCUUUUUUUCUUCUUUCUAUCAAUAAGUCAGAACAGAGCAAAGCUAUUUAUAGCACACUCAGAAAUCCUAGAACCGGAAGGAAAAGGGUUUGAUUAUAUUAUCUCAAUCAGGGAGAUUU